AAAUAACAAAUCGAUCGAGCAGAGGGAAGCAAGUUAGAAAAUGGCUGGGGGAGAGAGCAGCACAGGAAGCGGGGGCGGCUUCAGAUCCCGCAUUGAGUACUUCCUCUACAGCGGCGAUAAGAAGCACGUUUUCGCGGGCAUUGCUAUCAUCUCGGUCAUCUUUGGCGCUCCUUGGUUCUUCUUGAAUCGAGGCUCCAAGCAUCAGUCUCAUCAAGAUUACAUGGAAAAAGCUGACAAAGCUCGGAGGCAAAGGCUUUCUUCUGCUCAGCCCUCUGAAAAAUAAGCCAACUGAUUUUUUUGAUAUCUAGCAUCUGUGGCUACUUGCAGAUCUUACAGCCGUGUCGGAUUGAGUGAAAGUAAUGAGGCUGAAAUGAAAUUUAAACAAUUGUGGUUGAUCCUGAGCUAGCUUUACGCCGUUCUGAUGGGGAAACUUGGGCUUGAGGAUAACCUCAACUGUUCCCUAUAGGUUGUUAUUAUGAUAACCCGAAUAUUCAAAGUACUUGUAUUAAAUAUUUUAAUGUUUGGAAUUAAUGAUGAAUAUUCUAUUUUGGUUGUUUUGAUGAUUACAUAUAAAUGA